AUGCCUUCUGAUUUUGUAAGUUUAUGCGUGUUAUUUUUGAUAGUUUGAUGCUUAGAUCCGCCAGAGUCGGAUAGCUGUUGCCGACGGUCGUCCCAUCGGAGUGUUGAUCUCCUUCCAACAUGGACGAGCUAAAAUCUUCUAUAAAUCGGAAUUCAAGGAUGCUUUCUAUGAUGAACAGGUAAGACGAAGUGUUUUUGAUUAUGGGGUAUGUCUGUAGCAAUCGAAUAAAAAGUUGCAAUUCGAAGACUUCUCGCUUUAUACUUGGUCCAAACAUGCCCUAAAACAAAGUUGUCUUAACUUUACGACUUUUUUUGUUUUAUACAGUUUACACUUUUUGUAAAUAGCAUUGUACAACCAACUAACAUACUUUCAGAAUGAGGGUCAACUGGUUUUGGGUCGUCAUUACAUGGUUAAGGACAGAGGAACAGAGAUCUUCCUUUUGCCUGAAUAUGACACUGGAUACGAAGAUUUGAAAGUUGAAAACAACGUUCUAAAUGUUGUGAGUGUUUUCUUUUUAUCAGUUGAUGUUUAGGGGAAAUGUUUUUGCAAAAAGUAUCCGAUAUUUGCAAUUUCGACCUUGUUCUUGCACCAACAAUGUUUUUCAGAUCCACGUCCCCAUAAAAUACGAGGAUUUGACGAGGUUCAUUGGCCGGGAUUGUCGAAUGGAUGACAAGGCUUUUCGUCACAAGUUUUUGGAUGAACUCGACUUUGUCGACGAGGAUAAUAUAGAGCUUUUGAGAUGUUGCAGAGGUGAUAUUACUGUAGGUUUAUUCAUUUAUUUUUUUGGCUUUAGAGAAUAUUUUGAGCUUAUUUUUGAGUUCAGGUGGCUUGUUUCGACACCGUAAACGACUUUACAGCUGCGGUGAGGGAGAUGAACGACCCCACAACUGCCAAGGGGAAGAGGCUUCUCAAGGGGAAGUGGGCACCUGCACUUUUGAGAGAUCGGAAUGGAGAAUGGGUAAGGUUUAUACUUUUAUUGUUGCCUUUUAGGCUCGAUUAAUUGCAAUACCUCUUGUUGCAGACGAAAUUGAAGUUCAAUCCAGCUCUGGACCAAAUCUACGACGAAUUACAGGACUCAUUGCUGACAGAAUACAACAAGUUUUCUAAGACAUUCUCCCCGAUCCGAGUAAAUUGUCGUUUCCCAGCGGAUAACAAGCAAACAGUCUUGAAGCCAACUCCAGUCAUAGCUCCUCAUCGGAGUUCGGCGUUUCAGACUUUUGGUUCAGAUCAGCCAGGGCCAUCAGGUAAGAAAUUAUAUUGCUGUAGAUUAUUAUCCAGUGUAAUAUGAAUUUAAGAUAGGAAAUGUUCACUAAUGCUUUUCAGGGAUUAAACAAAAUAAAUCCAAUGGCAAUUGUCGCGAAUUUGUGGAAACGCGAGGAUUUGCAAACAUGCCCAAAAAGAUUUCCAAUCCCGUUUUUGAUGAUGUCCAAGAUGUAGAUGAUUGUGUUGGAAGGCGGAUUACGCCUCCAAAAGUUGCCAGAUGGAGGGACGAGCCGCAGGAAGAGAUCACUUUGGAAGGGAGAAGAGGCAAAGGGUAGGUUGAGUUAUAUCUAUGUUCAAAUUGAGUCUUGUUUCUUUCAUGGUUAUUUUCAGAUUUGUUGGGAUCGAAGACACUGGCCUGAGCGAAAUUGAAAGUGUUGAAUCCGAGCCUGCCGAAUCCGAGGCUCGUGAAUCUGAGGUGUUCGAGGAUACGAAUCCAAGCUUUGAGAAAAAGCCGUUUGUGAUCCCUCGGAGAGGAUUCAAGUCGGAGUCGGAUGCCGCCAGUAUUGUGAAUGACUCCUCAAAUGACGAUUGGGCCAACAGCAGCUUCGAGGAAAGGGUUGGGCACAAAAGGUGGGAUUGAGAGACAGAACAUUUUUCCUUUCAGUUUGUGUGGUCCAGAUCAACUGAAAUCUAUUUUUUUCAGUGACUCAGAUAACGGAGCAGAUUCUGACGUCGAGUAUCAGCGCCCAUUCCCCGUGGAGGUGGAUGCCGCCGCCGCGGAAGACUCGGAUCCGGACGAAGAUUCGGGCCAUCGCUUUCCAGACGACCAUGUCCGCCCCACUGGCCGGCCAGAUCCACUGGUCAAACCACUCCCCAAAUACCGCGGCGCUCUCAGGUUGAGCUCCUCCAGAUAUACGGCGGCUGUGGCCGUUGUACUAGGAUGUUCGGAGGACGGAAUCUCGAAUGUCAAGACUCAUAUGGGUAUGGCCAAAGCGGCCGUGACACUUGUCCAAGGCACCUGGCUUCUCUGUGAAAUCGUGGACCAAGUGAUUGUGCGGGCCCGAGUGAUCCCAUCUCCGAUUUAUACCAGAAAAAUCUACGAACGAGGCUGUAUCAGAAUGAUUGUAAGUGAAUUUGUCUUUGGUUUUGAUUUGUAGUUCUUUUGUCAAGUGGAUCGAAUGAAGAAUGGAAGUUAUUUCAACAAGUACCUCGGACCGGUGACGGAUGAGAUGUUCGACGAAAAGAUAAGGGAGAAGAUCAGGAAAGGCCAGAAAGUCCCUUUCGGAAUGUGGGUCGAAAUCGAGUACAACGUGAAUGCCGACACCUGGAAGAUCCGGAAAGAACAUCGACAUUACAGCGGGCCGUUGGUUCUCAAAGAUGAGCAAAGUUUCUUCUUUGAGAAAAUUGAAAAAGACAAGACGAAGACACAGAAAAGGAUGAGACACUUUUUCUGCAGGGCCAUGAAGGACGAGAGAUGCCCUAUACAAUAUUAUAGUCAAGAUCUGGAGAGGCUUCGAAUCAGGAUGGCUAAGGAGAAAGGGUAAGGUCGGUUCUGGACUUUUUUUUGCUUUUAUAGAACAAGAUUUUAUAUUGUUUUAGACCCCUUGAAUAUAUGGGCGAUUAUCUGAUGAAAAAAGUUGCCGAAUACAAAGAGGACUUUAGUCGCGUGGAGAAGAACACCACCAACAGCGACGAAGAAAUUCUGGAGCCAAUCCCCGUGAACUUGGAUUAUCUGGAGAAAACUGACUUCCGAUUUGAGCCGAAGUUCCCGGAAGUGAAGCCAAAAAAGAAAGUGCUUACAAAAGAAGAAGCCGAGAAGAUGAUCCAAGAGAACAAGCUCAAAGUAAGAGAGGAACGGCAUCGGAAAGAAGCCGAGAAAUACAGAUCGUUCAACGAGGAACAGGCAAGUUAAAUCUUCGACGAGAUUUGAUAGCUCUUGAUAUGAUUAAUGAAAAUUAUUUGGCUUUUUAGAACUUUCAGCAAGGAUUCCAAAUGCCGGGGCAAAACUUUGAGAAAAGGGAGCCUCCGAGAAAAGAUGGACUGGAUUCGGAAACUGAACUGAAUGAGGCGUUGAAUUUCUCGUGGAACGAACAAAAGUCUCGGGAAACCGCUCAUGGUACGUUUUCCUUUGAGUAGAUUUUUUGAUUAUGUUUCUUUGAGUUGAUAUUGAUAGUUUAGACAAAGAAAGCAAUCAGAACCAAGCGAAUCCUCGGCCCAGUCGACCACCAACGGCGAUGUCGACUCAAUCCCGCCAACCUCAGCGCCCCGGGCCCUCAAAUGUUCUUCCAUCAGCGACUCAGGAGCCCUCUCGGCCUCGUCCCGCAAUGAUGGCUUCAGCUAGAGCGACCCCGGGCUUAAAUGAUCUGAGAAAUUCAGUUCAUGGAAGAUCGUCUGUUUUCGAUGGCUCUACGCAAUCGCAGCAACCUGAUUCGAAUCUUCAGAGACCUCGUCCGGUUCCAUUCUCUUCUUCUCGAACAGAAUCGAGCAUCCCGGAGUCAAUGAAGCGCUCAUUUCAUCAGCAGCAGAGUGCCCAAGUUCAGUCUGCCAGAGAUGAAUUCGCUGAGCAGUCAACGGGUCCAGUAAACCCGCAAGAUACCCGCCCUUCCCCGCCCAGAGCAGCCAGUCGAUCCUCAGUGUUUUCCCAGUCCAACUUCCACGGAACUUCUAACUUGAACGUCUCAAACACGUUUAAUAGCAGUCAUCCGGUCGGAAAUCUCUCCGGUGUUCCUCCAACCUUUUCCGAAUCUGUCAGAAAGAGAUUACCGUCGAAUGGAGACGCGUAAGUCUGAUUUGUAGUGUUGUUCUCAGUUUUAGUGUUAUAUCUGACUGCAGAGAAUAUUAAAAUCUUUUGCAGCGCGGCUAAAAAGCAGCCCGACCCCCAGCCCUCUUCUCAAGCCACUAGACGGAGUACCCGAAUCUCGGCUGCUCGUCCGUCAACCGCCAUUUAUGUGCUGGAUGAGAAUGUGACCAACAAUUCUGGACCGCCGCAACAAGAGAAUGGACCAUGGAAGAAAAAGGGAUUGGAAAUUUAUGAUGAAGUAUGCGUUUAUAUUAUUCAACGUUGGUUCAUAUUAUCAUGGAUUAGAGGCAUUUGUUUAAUUUUUUAUAGGAAAGCGAAGAAAUGAGGAUUGACAAGUCCCUCAAACAAAGAACCAUUGAGCCCGACAUUCUGGAUGCCGUUUUGGGCACUGUCGUCCAGUAUCCCAUCCCGGCAAGCUUUGAACAAUUGUCGUUUAGUUCUGUCAAAAAAGGAGACGCCGAUUGUCUGAUCCUCCGCCGAAUCAAGGAUGUCGGAGAAGUGCUUUACGAGCCUCAGAGUGGGCAAUUCGGAUUCAUGCACAAAAACAAGUGAGUAGUUGUUAUGCAAUGAGUGUACUGAUGGUUAUAUCAGUCGCAGGGCUAUCUUCAAUUAUUUGUAAUUUCUUUUCAGCAUGUGCUACGAUCUUUUGGUGGGAAUGAAGGUCAGAGUGGAGAUAUUUGGUCUCAAAAAGUUGGAAAAGGACCUCUACUCUUUCAUUGCGACCAGAAAGAUCACCAAGGAGAAGUCGAGGGACGCCUGGAGCACCACCUACGAGCCGGAAAUCAAUUCGCACAACAUUAUCGAACUCACUACUCCUUCAGGUGUUGAGAUUCUCUUGUAUCUCACCAGUUUCGAGCUUUAUAAACCCACAAUUAUUGAUGGAAGAUAUAUCGCGCGGUCCGAAUAUGGCCAAAUUGUUUUGGGCAGACGCGCGGGAACGGAAAAGAAACCGUACUGCUUCAUUGCGCGGAUGGUGAAUCGGGAAUGGACUCUGCAGGAAGACAGUUUUUUUGUAAGUGAAGGUAAUUUCUUGACGAUUAAUUUGAUUGGAGCAAAAAACUGUUGAGAAUUGAAUUUUAGAUCCUUAAUAUUGAUAUGAGUAAGUACCCGCGCCCCAAACCCUUCGACGAAGCUCCAAGGAAGCCAACGAAAUCGUCGACUGGAACUCGGAGGAGCAGCGCCACCCUCCUCGAUCAAGAACAGUUCCGGCAUCGAAGUGUGGAUGAUGAUGUCUUUGCCCCUCCCAAGAAAGGAUCAACCAGUCGAAGAUCGACGUCCCGGCAAGACUCGUAUCAGCCGUUGUUUGGAAUAGCCCGAAACAAAAUUCAACAGUCGAAUCGAGAAAGAAAUUAUGGAAAUCAGGAUGGAUUUGGGAGAAACGAACGGAACUGGCAGAAUUCAGCCAAGGAAACGUCAUUCCCAGAACAGAGAAGCUAUGAACCAGACUUUGGAAGCCCGCCAUCCAGACAGUCAGCUCAACAAUCCUUUGGUCAUCAAGAAAAGUAUGGAGAAAAUGAUCAUGGAAGGCAACAUUCUGGAAGUAUAAAUGCUCAUUCGAACAGAGAAGGGUUUGGAUACGACGAGAACUCGCUCGGAUACAAUCAGACUCAAAACUUCCCCUCCCAGUUUGUUGACUAUGAUGAUAGCCGAGGAUUCGGAAGGAACUCGAGCUUUGGAAAUAGAAGAGAGGAGCUUGACUUGAGGAAUGAAUCAGAUUAUCAGCCGAGGUUUGGAAUGGGCGACUGGAAUACAACAGAAAGAUCCGAAAGCAGAGAUUUUAACAAUAGAUCCCAACAAUCGCAACGUCAGGAUCAAAGAUACCAAACCCGCAACAGACAGUGGAAUGACAGUUCGUAUAAUCGAGGCGGGGGAAUGAAUCCACCACGUGUUCGAGGUGGAUUUGCACCACAACGACCAGCCAUCUCGGAGCCAGUCCAGACCGUCAAGAUUGAAGAAAUAAUUGAAGCCGACGAAGUGCAGGUAAGAAUUACAUCGGUUUAGAUGUUUGUCAUGGUUAAUAUGGUUUUUAUGAAGUUUCUUUUGUAUUUUUAGACUCGUGGACCAAUUGUCGAGUUCCCGUCUUCUUGUGAAUCGGAUGGAUUUGCCUCCAGAACGGAGACGCACAAACAUACCACUACCAGGAUUACAACUACUGUCGAACAAGCUCCCCCACCGGCCAAUGAAAGCUUCCAAAAUCCAAUAAGUACCGCGACUGUGGCCACUCACACUAGCGCGAAUCCAGAUAUGGUGUUUUCGGAUGACGAUAGUGAGGAAGAAGAAGAGCCAGAGGAGGAAUAUGAAGAUCGGGAGGAAAUGGAAUACAGAGGAAUCAAUACGAGCAACAGACAACAGAAACCCGCGGAGAGUGUUCAGGAACAAAAAGAAGAGGUGAGGCGGGCAAAGGAUGUGCAUAGAGAUUUAGGUGACUAGAGGGGCCUGUUUCAUGAUACUCUACAGAGUUAAGGUAGUGUAAUAUUGUGAAUUUUAGCCUCAAAGAGCAGUGCCGGCCCCUCAGGAAUCACUUAAUCCAAGAGUUCCUCCCAUGCCGAAAAGGCCAGCUAAAUUGAUCAGCGUCGAGGAGUUGAACAAACCGGAGCCCCAGAAGAAAAAACAGGCCUAUCAAACGACGAUUGAAGAAGGAGUUGCGGAUCUAGAUGAGGCUUUCAGUUCGGAUGAUGAUGAAAUACCAAGAGAAUUGCUUUGGUCUAAUUCUACCGUCCAGAAAUCGGGCAGGUCAGAAGUUCCAGGUCCCGUGAAUCAACCUUCGACAUCUCAAGAGCCGAGCAAGGUGAAUGUGGAUAUGGAUGAACUGUCAGCAGAAUUGAAUAACAUGGACUUUGUUUAA